GAGGUGACUCGAUAAAGAAGGAAAGUAAAGCAUACAUCAGAUCCAACGGAACUGUUCCAGAAGGUGAUGCAAUAACAGCAAAACCUGGUAAUCUACCCUGUCAGAUGUUGGUCCAUGCUGUUGGGCUGCUGAGGAGAUUUGGAAAUAAUGGAGAGGAAGUGAAACUCAGAAAAGUCAUUUUAAAAUGUUUGGAACUAACAGACAGGAAUAAUUACAGCUCUAUAGCUAUUCCUGCACUCGGUGCUGGCAAUUCGGGAUAUCCCACGGAUCGGUCAGUUUGCACAAUUAUCAAUUCUAUUCAGAUUUAUUUCAAGUCCAAGGAAGACAAGUUCUCCAAUAUCAAGAAGAUCUACUUUUGCGAUAUUGAGGAGAAGAUCGUAAUGGCCUUUAUUGAGUGUUUCAGGAGAAAUUUUGGGAAUCGUAUAGAAGAAAUUUAUGGGGAGAAAGAUUUGGAUAUUGGUAACAGGAAGUGCAGAGAAUUAAGUGUUGAAGUCAGACAAGGGGACAUAACCCAAGAGAAAACUGAUGCUAUUGUCAGCUGUAUUUCAGAAAGUCUGAAUUUCAAUGUAGGCAAGUGA